UGCAAUUGCCGUUGCCAAAGCACUUGACACCGGCCCUUGCAAAUUCAACACCUUGCCAUUAUUCUCUGUGUCUACACGAAACACGGGGUUGUGGUUGGUGCUCGGAAAUAUGACACCGUUUUUUUUCCGCCUUCAUCGUUGUGAGGCCAGAGUUGAGGAUGCUGUUAUUUAUUUAUUUAUUUAUUUCCAACACAGUCAUAUAAAAGUCAGCAGCACCUGCAGCACUCUGUAUUUACUGUUUCCACUUUGCAGUUAGUAGGCUGCACUCUACGCUUCCUUGGGCACAACCUAUUUGAUCUUUCACUCAGCCCAGCUGGACGACGGAAUGGAGUUGAAUUGUACAGAGAUAGAUGAUGUGCUGGAGAGAUUCUACCUAUCUCCGUCUUACGGACUCGAGUUCUGCAUCGGUUUCCCGGGGAAUCUGAUCGUCAUACUCGGUUACCUGUUUUGUCUGCCCAAGUGGCAGAGCUGCAAUGUUUACCUCUUCAACCUGGCAAUCUCCGACCUCACCUUCCUCUGCACAUUGCCACGCCUCUCCUACCUCUACGCCAACCGGCAGAAAGAGACCAGCUACUACGCUUGCGUCAUCAACCGCUACAUCCUGCAUGUCAACCUCUACUCAUCCAUUCUGUUUAUGGUCUGGCUGAGCAUGGAUCGCUUUUUGCUCAUCCGCCACCCGGCGCGGAACCACUUCCUGCUGAGGCCGCGGACGGCCCUGGUGGUGACCGGCUUAAGCUGGCUGGCCGUCAACGUGGAGGUGGUCCCGAUGAUAGUGCUGAUGCUCCAGGAUCUGCAGAGUGGAAACUGGAGUCGCUGCAAUGACUUUGCCAGCCUCCAGGGAGACGUCAGCGCUUUGGGCUACAGCAUGGGGCUCACUUUAACCGGCUACGUUCUACCUCUCCUCGGACUCUGCGGAUUCUCCAAGCGUAUUGCACAGCUACUACAGACCCAGGAAACGGCUUUUCAUCGCAGGACGGCACAGUACAAGCACACUCUCAGGGUCGUGGCUUUGGCAUCAGCCAUGUUUCUGGUUCUGUACACUCCGUACCACGUGAUGAGAAAUGUCAGGAUCGCAUCCCGGCAGGCCUGGGCAGGGGUGCGCUUGUGUACAAGGAUGUACAUCGAGGGCCUCUACAUCUUGACCCGACCGUUGGCCUUCUUGCACAGUGUCAUCAACCCAGUCUUCUACUUCCUCAUGGGGGACAAAUUCCGAAAGUUCCUCCUCGCCAAAGUUCAAAAGCUGGCCAGAAAGACAACGCAGCCAAGAGAACCUAUAUGAAAACUCCGUUUAGCAAGUACCCAUUCGAUAAGAUCAGUUCCUUCACCGCCCGCUGUAUUUGGCCCAUACGCCUUUGAAGUGGCGCUAACCAGUUUAAACUGCCGCACUGCCUGACGUCCUUGGAGACCAAAGCAAAUCCCGCGUGGUGUUAGCUAAGCAACUAACGGUUAAUUACUUGUUUUUUGCUGUUUGUCAACUUUCCAAAUCACUCCGGAAGAUUGAUUUUCAACAUGCCUGACAUCUCACAAGACCUCGGAGUUAAUCAUGUGAGCUCAAUUCAGCAGUGAUUCAUAUCUGCCUGAGUGCUUGGCUUUUCUUUCACAGCCUGGAAAGGAAUGUUAAGAGACUAUUGUAAGAAAAGAAAAAAAGUAUAUACCGGUACUCAAGUUAUUGUAUGUGAAAGAAGCCACCAAUGCAAAGCUGCGGGACUCCAACCAUCACGUCCGCACAAAAGUAACGCUUGUGCCGUUUUCACAUUUUACAAUGGUUGACUUCAUUAUGACCUCCACUAAUGUUCACCUCAACACCGCUGUAUUCAUAGAGCGCUUUAAAACAACCGCCACUGUAUACAAAGUGCUGUACAUGGCGCAAAAAUAAUUCAUCCAACAAUAAACAAUCUAACAUUUCAUGAAAACGGUAGAAAGCACAAACACAGUAAAACUAAAAAUCAAGUCUCAGACAUUUGCAAUUCACUGUUUUAGUAAAAUAUGUUGCGGGGUUAAUAAAAUUAAUAGAAUGGAGACUUUUGUUCUGCAACAGAUCCAUUACAUUUUUUCCUUUGUUAGGAGAAAAUAUAGUCUAAACUUGGGGGAAAAUAAAGAGGAUUAUGGUGAAUCAUGGGAAAUCAACCUGAUGUGGAGACAGGUGCCCAACGUAUGAGCCAAGCUACAUAUUUUACCCAUUAGAAAAAUGUCCGAAAAAGCAUGAAUACCGAACCACGAUGAUGUGUGACAUUCCUGACAUAUUUGCUAAAGCAGUGGGAAACCUUGACCAAUUUAGUCAAAUAAAAAGCUGAUACACUCCAAGCAAGCCAUGACAUAUUCUAUUGUAUAAAUAACAGGUGUGUACACAUUUAUUCUUGUACCUUCCUCCACAGGUAGAAGAGCAUCACCUUAAAGAUUAAAUCUCUAUACAUUGUACGGUACCUAAAAGCAGCGGUGGGUGGUGAGUUUUGGACCAAUCGCGACUUCAUCUACCUUUUUCCCCAACAACGUCACAAAAUAUACUAAAACACGAUAUACUUAACUGUGUGUCAGUAAAGAAGAAACAGAAGCAUCUUCUCUAUGUGAAGAUGAAAACUACGAAUGAGUGUAUUUGGAAAGCAAGUGAUCCGAUGACCUUGAUCUCCCUAUAAAUCACUUCCAAACCUCAAUAUUACAAUUCACAAUCAAUAUUCAUCUCAUGACGGGACAAAAACAUUCAAACUAAAUAAAAUACAUCAUACUCAACAGAAACGCUGAUGCAGAUCUCCUUUCUUUGCUCCUGUCUCUCCGUGGAAGUUAGCCAUAGCGCUCAUUCUAUGCUGCUCUCAAAGUGCACAACAAUUUUUUUAAAAACGUUUUCUCGGUUGGAAAAAAAAGCCUUACAGCAGCGCCAUUAAUUGACAUAGUCUGAAAAAACAGUUUUUCUCGAAAAAACGUGCCUUGAAGUAGAAUUUUUAAGCAAGCCUGACAUCAUCCUUUCCCUUUAAAUCGAUCAUUGAUGCACAAAUUCAGCACAACCAAAACAGACCAUUAAGGUGAACCAAUCGAUGGAGGCAAACAUCCCGACGUCACUUCAAGCCUUUGCGAACGCACAGAGUGGUGAAGCUACAAUCCGAUUUAAAAAUAAAUAAAUUUAAAAAACA